AUGUUGCAGAAGAAGAUCUACCUUUGUGGCAUAGAUCAUGUGGACAGAAAAAAUAUGCCCAAAAACUUGAAAGCUGACAAAGGAAUGAAACGAGGAGCUGUGGAUACUAUGAGUGCAAAUGGCGUCACGUGUGUAAAAUGGAUUGACAAUAGAUCAGUGACACUGUUGUCAAAUUUCCUUACAUGCAAAAAGGAUAUGACGCAUGUGCUGAGAAGGCAGGCAGGAUGUACAGAAAAGCUGCAUAUUCCAUGUCCAACCAUUGUUACUAUUUACAACAAGUACAUGGGGGGUGUGGACCUGAUGGAUCAGAAGAAAGUGUCCUAUGAGACAGACCGGAAGUAA